AUGACGACGAGGGCGGAGGCGGAGCGCGACGUGAAGCUCCUCGUGAGCUUAGUGGCCAUGGUCUUCGUGGGCCUCGGCAACAAGAUCUUCCAGAAACUGCAGACCAUCCCCAUGCACAACUACCCGACGUUCCUGAACCUGCUCACCACGUUCGUCUACAUUCCUAUCAGCUUCGCGUACAUCCUGCCGAUGAUCAAGUACGGAAGUGCCAUCACGUGGGACCAGCGUAGCAUUCCAAAGCGCAAGUUCGCGGUCAUGGGAGGACUCGACUCCAUUGCCGGAAUCCUGCAGGUGUUUGCAGCCACGUACCUGGGAGGAUCCCUUAUCAUCUUGCUGGGCCAGGCUGCGAUCCCCAUUUCGAUGCUGAUCUCCAGUCUGCUGCUCAAGGCCAAGUACUCUGGCUACCAGUAUGUUGGCGCAGUGGUCGUUUCACUGGGUCUGCUCAUCGUGCUCGGGUCUGGUGCCUCUAGCAGCAGCAGUGGCACCAAUCCGCACCUCGUCGUGCUGUGGUCUGUUGUUAUGAUAGUCAGCUGCGUCCCUAUUUGCCUGUCCAGCGUGUUCAAGGAGAAGACGCUGGGCGAGGCGGAGCUAGAUGCAGUCUACCUGAACGGCUGGAUCGCUGUCUUCCAGUUCCUGUUUGCAAUCCCGCUGACGUUUCCCGCGGCAAUGGUUGGCGAUCACCCAGUUACACCCAGAGAACUCCCAGAAAAUCUGUACGACGGCUUGAUGUGCUACCUGGGGCAGAACACCAUCACUGAGGGUGGACACAAAGACGACUGCGAGAAGGCCACCAUUUACGUGACGGCGUAUCUGCUGUUCAAUGUGGCAUACAACCUGCUGAUUAUCCUGAUUCUCAAGUUCGGCAGCGCUAACAUCCUCUGGCUGGCAAGUGACGCUGAAGGGGAUUGUUUCAGGUAUUUUUUUAACCGUUGUGUUUUGUGUUGUGUUUUGUUCCAGGCCAUGACAAUUAUGGUUCCGCUCGGCAACGUCGCUUUCACGUUCCCAUUCAUGCCGCAGCACCAGCCACUGCACGCGAAGGAUAUCGCGGGUUUGUUGUUCAUCAUGUCGGGGCUCUUCGUGUACCGGUUCCUGGAGGAGCUCAUGGACUCGUGGAACAAGCGGAAGCCCGUCUACCCGGACGAGAAGGGCCCGGCGGUUGACGAACUCAAGCGUGCGCUCAUCAGCAGCGACAGCGACACCAGCGACGACCUGGAGCGAGACGUGUAG